GUUUACUUCCUGGAUAGCUUUACUGGUCAAUACCAACGGUUAACUCGGUUACGUUGGGAACACCGGCUUUUGAUAGUUCACGUGUGUAGAGCAUGCAUGAUUUUUUUUUUCUUGGAAUGCUACAGACAGAAGCUCACCUUUGCUAAAACUCCUAACUAAUUGUUGCUGCUGGAAUUGUUGUAGGCAUUCCUUAUUUGUGGUGUUUUGCAAGGGGAGCUGGUGUGGUAGUGAUAAUGUUCGCGUAGUUUUCAUUUACAAGUCCUGUGUGAGCACCAAGAGCAACGUAGUAGAUUUUGUAAUUGCUUUCUGAAAAAAAAGCUUGUUUUCUUGAUUCUAUAAUGCAGAAAACGGAUAUUGGAAAUAAAGAAAGUGGGAAAAUAUGGUUCCGAAAACCUACACCAUCAGCUGCCGAUGGGAUCACUGUAAACAUAAUUCGUAGUGCCACAGGCUACCACUCAAAGACGAUACGAUUUCUUACUGUUGCUUUUGAUAGCACAGGGGAGUCUUUUAUUGCUGGAGAUCAUCAAGGCAAUAUAUAUCUUUUUGAUAUCAGCAGGAACAGGUUUCACCUUUGCCAGAGGACAGGACAGGCAUGCACUGCACUGGCCUUUAGUCUGCGUAGGAAGACUGAAUACCUUGUGGCCCUUGCUGACUAUUCCAUUAAGUGCUUUGACACAGACUCUAAGGAACUUGUGAGCUGGAUGAGGGGCCAUGAAUCUGCAGUGUCUUCUAUCUCAAUCCAUGGUUCUGGCAGGUAUGCCAUUACUACAUCCACUGACACAGCACAGCUCUGGGACCUGGACACUUUCCAGAGGAAAAGAAAACUCAAUGUCCGUCAGUCUGUUGGUAUACAAAAGGUUUUCUUUUUGCCACUAAGUAAUACAAUCCUCAGUUGUUUUAAAGAUGGUUCUGUCUUUGCGUGGGAAAGCGACACACUGCACUGUAAAUACCAGCUGCCCAUACCCGAAGAAGUAACAAAGAUGCCUUACAAGACUUUUGCAGUUACCAGGGAUGGUCGCACUUUGGCUUGUGGAGGAAAAUCAAAUUAUCUUCAAUUGUGGUGCCUAGAUACCAGGCAGCUGAUGAGGAUUAUACAGUUACCCCCAAAAGUUCGAACAGUCCGGCACUUAGAAUUUCUUCCAGACAGUUUUGAUGGUGGCUCAAGUCAGGUUCUUGGAGUAUUGAGUCAGGAUGGUAUAAUGAGAUUUAUCCACAUUCAGACCUGCAAAUUCCUUUUCGAAAUAGGAAGCAUUGAUGAAGGGAUUAAUACAGCGUCAGUCAGCUCAAAUGGGCAUAAUAUUGUGGCUGUAAUGGAAGAUGGCAGUCUUAAUAUAUACAGCAUCCAGGCAUUGACACAUGAGGUUAAUAAGCCUCCACCACCCUUGGUUAAAAUGGUUACAGAUACAAGCAGCAGUAAAAGUUGGAAAAACUUGUCAGAGACAUCUGGACUAAGAGUAAAGGUGGUGUCAGGAAAGGUAAAAAGACCUGGAAGGAAAACAGGUGAGAAAGUACAAGUCAGGAUGUUGAAAGCACCACUGGAUUCUGCAUUAGAAGAUAAGGAGAACGAUCUACCUGAUGGCCUGAACCGGAAGCGUCUUCAGGCACUCCUUAAAGGCUUUGGAGAAUAUCCUGUAAAAUAUAGAAUGUUCAUCUGGCGCUCACUGCUACUGCUUCCAGAAAACCAUGCUGCAUUCAGUAGUCUGACAGAUAAAGGGACCCACUCUGCGUACUUGCAUCUCCAGGAGGAAUAUCCCAUCAAAAGUCGAAAGCUGUUGAGAGUACUUCAACGAAUAUUAUCGGCAUUGGCUCACUGGUCUGCACUUUUUGGAGAAACACCAUACCUCCCUCUGCUGGCAUUCCCAUUUGUAAAGCUGUUUCAAAACAAUCAGCUCAUCUGCUUUGAGGUUGUUGCCACUGUUAUAUUAAAUUGGUGCCAGCACUGGUUUGAAUACUUCCCCAAUCCUCCAAUCAAUGUGCUUAGUAUGAUUGAGAAUCUCUUAGCCCAUCAUGAUAAAGAGGUGCUCCAGCAUUUUGUGAAAUUUGAUAUAACCACACAGAUUUAUGUAUGGCCACUCUUGGAAACACUUUUUUCUGAGGUUUUAACGAGAGAAGAAUGGUUAAAGUUAUUUGACAAUGUAUUUUCCAAUCAUCCUUCCUUUCUCUUAAUGGCAGUGGUUGCCUACAUAAUCUGCUCCAGAUCACCUUUGCUUCACUGUACUGAAAAGGAUGACUUUGAGUAUUUUUUUCAUCAUCGAAACAACUUGGAUAUGAACAGCAUGAUUAAAGAAGCUUAUCGUCUCAUGGACACAACACCAGAAGAUAUUCAUCCUCAGCGAAUGCUUGUUGAAUUUAUGCCACUGACAAAAGGACAGUAUCCUGUCUUCAAUAAAUAUCCCAAGUUUAUUGUGGAUUACCAGGCUCAGGAACGAGAAAAGAUCAAUCAAGAGGAAAUGGAGUACUUAAGGGAGAAACAGAUGGCUCAUGAACUCCAUGCAGAAACAGUAAGGCGCAGAGCUGAGGAUGAGGCAUUUUACAGACAGCAGGAAUUGCUUCAAGAAGCAGAACAGCAAAGGAGGAAUAUUCUUCUGGAAGAGGAACAGAAGCUUGUUGAUCAAAGAGUGAGGCUGGCUGCAAUGAAAAGGGAGCUAAGAGUAAAGGAACUACAACUUUUGGAUGCAACACGAAGGCGUUUUUUGAAGUACCAGCAGGACCAGCGCAAAAUGGAGUUAAGAAGACUGGAUGAUAAAAUCAACAGGAAGGUGUCUUUAAGAGAUCAAGAAACAGAUGCUGUAAUAAAAGACAUAGAAGUAAGGCAAAUGGAACUUGAAGCACAGAAACAGCUUUUUGAACAGCAACUUGUGAAAGAUCAAGAAACUGUUACACAGGAGGUGAAAGCAGAAAUGGAAGCCAGUCAAAAGAGAGCAGAUUUUGAAGAACACAUGUUUCAGCAGCUGUUAGAUUUGAAUAGAGACCAGAAUUUAGAAACUCAAAAGGUGACUUUGGGUUCUUUGGCUGAAGUUGAUCAGAUGCACAUUGAUUCAGACUGGAAAACCCAGAUACUUAAUAAACAGAAACUGGAUGAUUUAGACAGAGAGCAACGGUACAUGAACAUAACAAGGCUUACUAAUGACAUUCGAAGAAAAGAGUCAGAAGUAUUAAAUAUGAUAAAGGAAGUUGAAGGAAAAAAGUGGCAAGAUGUAGUGGAGAGAAGGGCUGAGCUGCAAAAUGAAGAGGAAGCAGUUGCUGCUGCUGAUGCUCGAAGAAGGCAACUCUUGGAAGAGGAGAUGAAUAAGAUAAUGGAGCAUACGGAGAAUCUGCAAAAAAGUCAAGAUGAAUCAUUUGAAAGACUUCGUGACAUAAGAAACGGCUCACUGCAGAAACUCCAUUCUGAAAAUGUCUGUUUAAAUGAUGCAUCUGUGGACAAAUCUUCAACUCAUUUUUCCUUAGAUAGAGGAAGAGGUGAGUUGGAAUUAAAAGAACGCAAACUGAUGGCUGAAGUACGUGAGCUCAGGCAAAAGCUUGCUUCACAAGCGCAAAACAGAUGUCCGCCACCGCACUACCUAUCUUCAUAAUGUAUUGCACCAAUACACAUUGUUUUUUCACAAAAUAAUCGUGGAAUCCCUGUGAUACAUUGGACAUUGUAUAGAGAUGUGGUUUCCCAUUUUAUCCUGUGAAGAUUUUUUUCUGAUUUUAUUUGAAAAUAAAUUAUUUUCUACGGUA